AUGCAUGAUACCAUCUCUACCUGUGUUAGUGAGUUGCAGUCCAACAAUACUGCUUGUAAGCCUACUACAUUAUCUACUAAAGUCAAAAUUGUUCUUGUUAUGAUGAAGUUUAAACUAGCUUUGUCCUUUGCUUGUGUUUCAGUUUUAUUUCAAAUUUCCACGACGACAUGUAGAAGAAUAUUUUUCAAUAUUAUUGCUUAUCUGAGUCAAAUAUUAGGUGCUGCGAUUGUGUGGCCUUCCAAAGAAGAGAUAAUGAAAAACUUACCUUUGUGCUUUCAAAAAUACAGCAAAGUUCGUGUGAUUUUGGACUGCACUGAAGUUUUGGUUGAAAAACCAAAGUGUAUUAGUUGCAGAAUAUUAACUUACUCCCAUUACUAUGGUAAGCAUACUGUUAAAGUAUUAGUUGGAAUUGCCCCAUCUGGUCUUAUCACCUAUUUAAGUAAAGCGUAUGGAGGUAGGGCAUCUGACAAAGCCAUAUUCGAAGAAUCAAAUUUGUUAACUUUACUUGAUCCUUAUACAGAUGAAGUAAUGACGGAUAAGGGUUUUCAAAUAGAAGAUGCUUCUUCUGCUAGAGCUAUUGGUUUAAUACGCCCACCAUUUGUAAGAAAGCAAAAUCAAUUAAGCAAGCAUGAUGCACUGGAAACUGCAGAAAUAGCAAAGGCCAGGGUACACGUUGAACGUGCUAUUCAGAGAAUGAAACUAUUUGCUGUUUUAAAACAAAAAUUAGAUUGGACUUUACUGCCACACAUUGACAAAAUUCUAAAAAUUAUUUGUGGUGUAGUAAAUUUAUCUAGACCAAUAUUGAGUGAUGAUAAAUUUUGAAGAGUGGUGUGAGCAUUUUCAUU